AUGGGCAAUAUUCAGCAACAUACGAUACAGUGUGUCCUUGUCAUAAAUAUUUUCAAUGAAAAAAUAUUCAUAUUUUUGUGGUUUUGGUAUUUGGCUUUAAUAGUUUUCACGGCCGGUAGUUUGCUGUAUUGGAUUGGCGUAUGUAUUAUCCCGUAUCCCAAUCGACAGUUUAUCAUCCGUCAUUUGGAAAUGAGUGAAAUGCCGUUCGAUCCGCAAGAGAGCAAGGAAGAUGUGGAGCGCUUUAUAAGUACAUACUUGAAAAAUGACGGUAUGUUUGUCAUCCGGAUGAUAACACUCCAUUCUGGCGUUAUUUUUGGGACCGAACUAGUGUUUGCAUUGUGGAAAUCGUACUUUGGCAUCGAGCCGCAGCUUCGGCGUAGCAGCUCUUUUCCAGCUGGUGCCACAAUAUGGUCACCUCCCACAGGUAGUCUCAUAAAGUCAUCGAAAACGGAAUGUGCUGUCCACUUUUGUGAUAGUUAA